AUGUCACUCCAACGUUCGUUCGCCGGUAAAGUCAGAAGCAGUUGGAUUUAUCAAUCCGCCAUACUAUCUAUGACGACGAUUCACGACUUUAGGUCCGGUGACAUUAGCAAUAACAAGGCUUCUUCGAACGCUUUGAUUAUGCUCCCUAAGUGUUCGUUGAAAUGCCUGAACGAGAUGAAAGGCUUCAAACCUGCGCUCUAUGAACACAGUGACCUUGAGAGAAGGCUGAUCCAUAAGUUAUUGAUUGAGUUGGAGAUAGAAAUGUCGAUAUUCAUCUUCCAUUUUGAGAACCUGAUGGACAGGAAUUUCCCAGAAUUGACGUUCCCUUGA